GCGGGCCGGUGGGUGUGACUCCGCCGCUGUUGGUGGAGCAGGGGAAGAGGGCAGGCGAGUGGAGGAGCCGCGCUGGAGGCCGCCGCCGUCGCCCGCGACCCGGAUCCAGGCCCCGGCCGCUCCAGUGUUGAGAUGGAGGAACAAGGUCCCGGCGACAAUCCCAUGCUGGAGGUACGAGGCGUUGCCGACAUGCCCACCGACAUUCUCACCUUGUACUUCGAGAACAAACGCCGCUCAGGGGGAGGAACAGUUACAUCCAUUAAGCGAGACGGAGACCAGGCCACGAUUACCUUCGAGAACCCAGCAGAUGCUCAGCGAGUGGUCUCGAAGCCGGAGCAUAAGUUCCAGGACGUCCGUCUGAUUGUGAAGAGGAUGCCGCCCGUUGACCCCAGGGCAGUGGUGCUCCGUGACCUGAGCCCCGACAUUUCCAUUGACGUUCUGACCCUUUACCUGGAGUAUAUCUCGGGACUCGACAGUGAAGGGUUCACUGUGCACUUCAGCCCAGACAGGACGCGAGCAGUCGUUCACUUCCGAGAUGCGCUGUCUGCAGCAGCUGUGACAGCGUUGGAGGUGAAGGCUGAAGGCCGGUGUUUGCAUGGGGCCAACAUACAGGUGGCACAGCUCCUUCACACCGACCGCGUCCUGGUGGAAAACCUCGGCCCCAGCGAUGACGUAGAGAUCAUCCAGCUAUACUUCGAGAGCCGGCGGAGCGACGGAGGGAUCGUGCUCAACGUCACCAUGCUUCCGGGUGCAAAGGCCAUCGUCGAGUUCCAGGAAUGGAAAGAUGCGAACAGAGUCGUCCAGAAGAAGCAGAUUCUGCAGCAACGGGAGCUGGUCGUUCGCCCUUAUUACAGCUUCCUCCACCCCUCCGAGGAUGGCCAGGAGAGUGAGGGAGGGGGAGUGGAGACCGAGGGAGGGGGCGUGGAGACCGAGGGAGGGGGCGUGGAGACCGAGGCACCGCCCACCCAGCACUCGAGUAUGGUAACCGUCCCCGGCACGCUGAUGCUGAAUGUCCUGCGAUCCAGUGGCUUCCUGCAGGAGCUGCAGGCCAAGUGCCUGGACCUGACCCUGGAGAUGGACGCCGAUGGUGUUAUCCACAUGAGGGGAAGUGACCUCCAGCAGGUCCAGAAGGGGAGGAGCCAGAUCCUGGAGUUCCUGAACAGUGUGGCCCAAGUGGAGGUCGCCGUCAGCAGUGACCUGGCGUCGUUCCUCUCCGGGGCCGAGGUUCAGGAUUAUUUCCAGAGCUUGUUGAAGGAACGCUCGGCCUGUUACUCCAUCUCCGACCUGGUGAUGAAGGUGAGCGCACCCUCGCUCCCGGCCGCUCGCGAGGCCGCCAGUCUGAUCGAGCAGCAGGUCUCCAAGUUCAGCGUCUCGGUGACGGACCAGCAGCUCCACGCGCUGACCUCCCCCGAGUGGGAGAAGCUGCUGCCGACACUGCGGUGCUGCAGCGCUCAGCUGACCGACGCGGGGGACCAGGUCUGGUUCACCUCCUUGGCCCCCUUCCAGGCGGAGAACCAGCAGCGGGUGGAGCAGCUGCUGACAGAGGCGAUUCUGCAGGAAUCCGUCAUAGCCAUGGAGCCCGGGAAGUUCCGCUACUUGCAGGAGUACCACCAGGAUCUGCUCAUUGGACACAGGCAGGUUUCCAUAUUUCCACUGGAAGGCGAUGUCUCAGGACUAAGGGUGACUGGACAAGCCAAGGCCUGUCAGACCAUGGACGAGCUCCUUCGUAGUAUAAUCGCCACUAUCUGCUCCAGAACAGUGGCGCUCCAGGAACCCGGCAUUUCGCGUUACCUGCUGGAGCCAGCCGGGACCGACACCUUGAGGCAGCUGGAGAGGAAGUACAAGUGCACCAUUGGCGUGGAGCGAGUUUGCUGGAUAACGCCGCAGACCGAGCAUCCCCUGGAAUCACAAAGGAACCAGGGAAUACCGAGGCUGGAGAGAACUGCCACUGCCUUGGCGCAGCUCCCAGUGUUGGAACCACCGCCGGUGACUACCACUGAGCCGAACGACAACGUCCCAGACCUUGAUGAGAUCCGAAGUUUGCUUGCCUCAAUCACAGAGACUGAUAAGGAAAGAAUAAGCGGAGAUGCAAUCACUUCAACUUCCCAAAAAGUGCCAGAGGUCAGUGAAAGCGCUUUAGACGAUGAAGAUCUCUACACCGACCAGCAGCCUGGCGUGAGUCCGGAGAAUGAUAUUGAGGAGAGAGUCGUUGAGGAGGGAGCCAUUGACAAUGAGGACACAAAGCUGCAGGAUGGAGAUGGCAACAACAAUGGUGCUUGUGGCAUUGCUUCUGAGCUGAUGGAUGCUGAUGAUCCCCAGUUAUACCUUGCCCUGCAGUACUCCAUGGACAGCCGGAUGCAGCGGGACCAAGAGGAGGAAGAUUUCCAGAAAGCCAUUGAAUUAUCAAAGAUGGCCAUCAGCCCAGAUGGCGACUACGUGGAACUUGCAGCUCAGAUGACCAACAUGGAGGCUGGGCUUGAAGAGGCCAUCAAAAUGUCCAAGGCAGAAGCCAUUCGGACUUCCAAUUCCGCCCAACUAACAAUCUAUGGCAGUGCCGACAUUGAUUUCAACCGGUUGGCAGGUGAAUUGCAGAGGAAAGUCCGACCGCUUGUGUGUAAAAAAUCAAUAGAACACAGCUGCUUCCAAAACCUGACCGGUGACUACAAGAGUUACUUGGAAUACCUCCAGCGGAAGCACGGCGUCAUCAUCGUUGGGCAGGACUGCGAGAUCACCAUCCGUGGGUUUGCAGGCUACGUGUUGUCUGCGGAGGAGAACAUAACUCAGCUGAUACAAUGGGUUGUCCAAGACCAGGUGGACCGAGCUGAAGAGGUCACUUUGGUGGAGUCAGUCCAGUGGGUGAUACACAGCCGGCAAGGUGUCGCCAUCCCUUACUCGUUGAAAGCCAAUGCUUUCAUUGAGAAAUCUUUUCAGCGGAAGCAGAAGAAGGUUGAUGUGAUAUUUGACAACAAGCCCUACAUCAUUGACUUUGAGCAAAUGCAAGAAUACAGUGUGGGAGCGACAGAAUCCUUGUCAAUUGAGAGGAAGCCUCUGAACAGCCUGCCUGAUGUGGGCACGUUGCCUUUGGCCUUUGGAAGUGUUGAACUCACCCUGCUGAGUGAAACUACAGAGGAGUACAUUACCUUGAUGGCCCCCUUCUUCAAAACCCUGAAGGACUUGCACGAUAAAUUGGACAUUCUAAAGGUGGAGGUGGUGAACAAUCCGUUGCUGUACCAGCAGUACAUGGUGAAGAAAGCCAGCAUGGAGGCCACACAGACUGAUGUCGAGCGAGUCCUCUUCCACGGAACGAGCGAGGAGAGCGCCAAAGAGAUCUACGUGCAUGGAUUCAACAGGAGCUUCUGUGGGAAGAACGCGGCCGUCUACGGCCAGGGCGUUUACUUUGCAGGCCAAGCCAUCGUGUCGGUGGACGACCAGUACUCCCCGCCAAACCCGGAAGGCCUGAAGUUUGUGUUUGGGGUGAAGGUCCUGACGGGGUCGUACACAAAGGGCGACGGCAAGCUGAAGAUCCCUCCGCUGAAGGACAAUAGCCAGCUAUCCCUCAGGUAUGACAGCGUGGUGGACGACUGCGAGAAGCCCCGGAUAUACGUGGUGUUCCACGACACCCAGGCCUACCCUAAGUACCUCAUCACCUGCCGCUGGAAGAAGCCUGCGGCCAAGACCUAAGGACUGCACUAAGCGCCAACCCUGCGCACUAUGGUUCUCCUGCUGUUGCUGCUCUGGCCUUGAUCCGCUACCGGUGGGGAUUGGUACUGUGAGGGGAACCCGCCCAUCUCCAGGCUUGUCCUUGGCUCUCUGCCGCCAUCCCAAGGAUCUGGAGACCAGGGGUAGGUUGUCCCAUUGGUUGGGUCCUUCGCAAUACAAUUCUACACUGCAUCUGCCUUAAUUUGUCCAUUUUGGAAGAUUGUAAAAUAUAUACCUGCUGAUAUUUGUCUUUAGAAUUGAAGAAAUUAAAGUUUAAGAAUGAAUUGA